AUGGUACAAAUUUCCAACCUCUUUCCGGAACCCAGCGAAGAUGACACUACAUGUAAUUACCGUACGCCUUGUCUAGGUCGCGCACUCCCUGGGUACGCGGAGAUGGGGUCUCCCUACGUCAUCGACCGCUCGGCAGACUACUCUACUUCAUCUUGGCAAACCUUUCCCACGGAGGACAAAGACAAGGAGCGAACCGCCCAAGUCUUACACUCACCAACCUUCUCCCUCUCCAUACCCAGUAGCACACCCAGAAUCUCACCCAACCCAGGCUCGUUCUCUCGCAUGCGGGUUCGGCGGGAAGACGCAGUCAUUGAUGGCCGCGACUCCGCGACCAAACCAACUCGUCCCACGACGGCGUUGCCCAGUCGCCAAGAUAAAUGCUACCGCCCGAAAGAUGUUGUGCAUGUCAUGAGGGUCAGUCAACCCGAGCUUGCGCUUCACGCUGCUUCGUCCCCGAGAGAGUCGCAGACCGGGGAUCAACGUCUUCCGAUUGGAGUUUUUGGUCGUGGCAAUCGCAGCAGACAUGUUACUCUCCACGACGAAGAACCGUCGAGAGUCGAGACCUCUGUGACCGGCCCUGACGAGGACCGGCAUCUACGGAGCAGUGUUCGUACGCAUCAUCAGGACUGGGAAGAGUGCGUUGUACCAUCCGACCAAUCAGGCAGCAGCCUUCCAUAUAGCCAGAGACACGCCGUCCUCCGCCCUCCGCCCCCAAACCCCAACUCGACUCGGAAAUUCCCUAUUCCAGAACAUCUUCAUACCAUACUUAACAGGAACCAGAAAUCAGUCUAUUCAUUCCGUUGUGCCGCCCACUCCCCGUCAAGUCAACGGGAACAGGGGCACGAAUCCACUCUGGGCCCCCGGGAACAGGACUUCAAACGCCCGUCCUCCAACCACCUACGAGCAUUUAACUACAUCCCCGUCACUUCUCCAUUGCUGUUUCCCCGACCGAGCCUGACCGCCAACUCUAUCUGCAGCUUCGUCUGGGCUUGA